UCGACGAGGAGUUGGCGCGUCCUUUCGCGGUCACAGACGUCACGCUACGACUCGCGUCUGACCACGACGCCAUGUGACCGUCUCGAUCUACUUGAAUCUGACACCACGAUGGAUGAACCGUAACCGAGCUCGCUCCAAUCGUGUCGCAUGCUUAUUUGACCGCCAAAUGGUUGCGCGAACUAGCGAUUGCCGGCGCCAGUAUUUUUAAAGUCGGAGCGGGAAUCGAAGAAUCGAACGUUCGACGUCGAACGAUCGAGGCUCGCGCGGCGAUCGAUCGUGUCGAUGAUCCGUCGCGUAUCGAACGGUGUCGUACGAUGAUCCCCCGCGUAAAAGGAAAACGAGUGAAGUUCGCUAGUGACUGUCGACUGGCUGUCACGUGUUUGGGAUAGAAAAAAGGCCGCGUGCUCGGGGCACGGUUUACGCGCGUGUGCGUGAUGUUACUAUGUGAGACAAUGCGGCGGGGUGUUGGAUACUGCAAUCUGUUGAGGUGCAAAUUCUUCAUCCUUCUGGUCCUGGUCGGGUGCAGCGAUGGAUACCUGAACAUCUUUAUCAGCCAGUCCCAGGUCAUGAAGCUCCUGGGACUCGAAGCUGAGCUGUACUACGUCAGAGAAGGGGUGGUCAAUACCUACGCGAUGAACUUUGUCGUUCCUGUGCCAGCGAACAUCGCGGACCUCGAAUUUUCCUGGCAGAGUCUCGUUGGACACCCGUUACCCUACUCGAUGGAGCUGGAUUACGACGUGGUGGGUGUCCCAGGCGGCGCCUCGGAGAUGAUGGCCCUGCUUCCUCCCAGAGUGAAUGUGUCAGCCCGAGGAGAAGUGCCAGUCACGUUACAAGUAUUCAGGAUCAGGCUGCCGUGCUCGGGUCUCGUGAGCGCCGAGAUUCCUCUGGCUUUGAGGUUGAACGUCACUGCUCCACCUGGGACCAGAUACAACGACACAAUUUUGGUUUUCAAGAGAAAUAAAAUUUGCUUCAAAGGAGUGGAAGCGCCUCCAAGGAAUGAUUCUGUUCGUUUGGAGCCAGGACCUCUAGUAAACGGUGCGGGGGCUCUUUAUGUCGCCGCGACGUGUGCAUGCGCCUUAAUAUUGGUCGUCGGUAGCGUGGCGAGCGCUCUGUACAUUCGCAACAGCAAGGCACGCAUUCAAGAAUCGCAGAAAACGCUGCCCUGCUGCAGCUAUUCAGCGGCAGACACCGGCGGCCUGGCCAGAAGUUCUGUUCUGGUUAGGGUCGACCCACGACCCGGAAGCGCGAAUUCCGGAAGUUACGCGACCAUUGCGGACCUGGAGCCACUCUAUGCGAGGCCGUGCGGUUCCAGGGCGAGUUACUACGCUUCCAGCCAUGUGACGCAUCUCAGCCAGUCGACCGAUCCUUGCGACAAGGCCAGGGCACUGGCUGUGUCGAGGUCCUCGUUAUACUGCCGCAAUCUCGUUCAGGAGGGCACAUUUGGACGCGUUUAUAAGGGCACCCUGGAUCUGGCUGGUCGGGACCAGGAAGUCAUCAUAAAAACAGUGACAGAAGUGGCGUCGAGCUAUCAGGCGUCUCUGCUGGUGGUGGAGGGCUCGCAACUUGCGGGAUUAGUGCACGCAAACAUAGCUUCGCUCGCGGCUGCCUGCCUGGACAGCUCUUGUCCAUUGUUGGCGUACACGAGCACGUCCGGCGAGGUGAACCUGAAGUUGUACCUUACCGACGGGAACCACCAUCCUGUGACCAGGGAUCUCGUGCACGUUGGCGCGCAGGUUGCCAGGGCAGGGGCAUUCAUGCACGGUCGUGGGCUUCUACACAGGGACAUCGCAGCCCGAAAUUGCCUGAUCGAGCCAAGCAGUCUUCGCGUGCGAUUAGCCGACACUGCUCUGGCGCGAGAUCUCUUCCCUCAGGAUUACCAUUGUCUAGGCGAUAACGAGAACAGACCCAUUCGUUGGAUGGCCUUGGAGACCCUCCAGCACAGUCAGUACAGCACGGCAACGGACGUGUGGUCAUUCGGAGUGUUUCUCUGGGAACUGGCGACGCUGGGCCAGCAACCGUACGUCGAAGUGGACCCAUUCGAGAUGAUGGCGUGUCUUCGCGAUGGCUACCGACUGGCUCAACCUAGACCGUGCCCCGACGAACUCUUCGCCGUGAUGGCCGUUUGUUGGCUAGGCCUCUCCAGGGAUCGACCGACCAUGCCCCAGCUCCUAGCCUAUCUGCAAGACUUCCACGACGCUCUCGGCGGGUUCAUAUAAAACAU